UAAACAACACCAAUGUCACUGUUGCUGGCUCUGGACUAAUGACAAUGAACCUGAAAGGGAGUUCUGACCAUUAAGACCAUGCAUACCCUUUCAAAAUAGCCAGUGGGGUCGGCCGGUGCAUUGGGAGAGACUGGUGUUGUUUCAGCACCAAGGACAGCAGCCAGUAUGGGCCAGGCGCAGCCUACUGAGGUUGGAGAGGAGAUCGACGUGGCUGCCCUGCAGGACAUGUACAAGAAGUUUGUGACUGAGUGCCCGAGCGGCGUCUUGUUCCUACACGAGUUCAAGCGUUUUUUCGGCGUGGAUUCCUCCGGCGAGGCAUCCGAUUAUGCUGAGAACAUGUUCCGCGCUUUUGACAAAAACGGGGACAACACAAUAGAUUUCCUGGAGUUCGUGGCCGCCCUGAAUCUAGUUUUCAGGGGUGACCUGGAGCACAAACUGAGGUGGUCUUUCAAAGUUUAUGAUAAAGACGGCAACGGCUUCAUCGACAAGACAGAACUUCGAGCAAUCAUCGAUAGUAUAUAUCGAAUAAAGAAGGCAUCUAAGAAAGACACAGAGUGUCUCCAGGCGGUUGAUGAAGUGUGUGAGAGAAUAUUUCAAGCAAUCGAUGCUGACGGAGAUGGUCAGAUCAAUAUGGAGGAGUUUUUGGAGGGUGCUCUAAAGGAUCCUUGGGUCCUCAAUAUGCUAAGGCUGGACAUGAACCCCUCACGUUGGGUAAUAGAACAGAGAAGGAAGAGUGCCUUCUUUUGA